GGAAGUGUUGCAGGGUGGGCGGGGUUUAGAUCCACAGCAGCAGGGCGAGAGAAGCCUCACGUGACCUCAGCAGAGUCCCAGAGACACUUAGUGAAACUUCACCUGAACAGAGGGAGUGUUGGAGGAACAGAGGUCGUUCGACCGGUCUCACCCCCGCCUCUGGGCCUGGGAGGGGCUGAGAAACACAUCUGAAUCACUGCCUGUCUGUGUGGCAACUGUCCUGAUCACUGCAAAUAUCAAUAUCAGUCGAUAUCAGUCGAUAUCAGCCACAGCAGUGACUUCCCAACACAUGGCCUGCAUGGCCCUUGACUCCAGACCUGUGACCCCCCCACCCCCCAUCGUCCUGGAAGUCAUCCUGUGCACAUGACUGUUUCCUGCAGUGACGUAAAUUCAGCCAUGAGGUGGCGCUCUUCUUGUCGUCCUCUCCUCCUCCUCCUCUCUUUCCUCACCCUCUUGGUCGGGAGAGAAACGGUGUCAGGAUUCAGGAUCUGCUCGUACAACGUCGACAAUUUCAACCUCGCGAAAGCUUCAAACUACAGACUGGUCCACACUCUGACCAGGGUGGUGCAUCGCUGUGACAUCUGUCUCCUGCAGGACGUGGUCGAUCCCGACGGGAAAGUCGUGAGGACCCUACUGUCUGCCAUCAACAGGGAAUCUCACAGGUAUGACAACUACGUCUACCAGUCAGUGUCCAGCAAAGGUCUUGGAAGGUCUGUGGGCGACAAGAAGAAGUACGUCUUCAUCUACAGGACAGAGACGGUGAACGUGGCGGACCAGCAUCAGUACGAGACCAAACCGCCGACCUUCGCCAGAGAACCGUUUGCUGUUCAGUUCCAAAGCCGGACGACGGUGAUCAAGAAAUUCAUUUUGGUGCCUGUCCACACGGAUCCGCCGCAGGCCGUCCAGGAGAUCGACCGACUGUACAACGUCUUUGAGAAAGUCCGUGAGAAGUGGAACAGCACGAAUGUGAUGUUCCUGGGAGAUUUUCACGCCGCCUGCGCCCACAUGAACCGAAGCGACAAGAAGAAGAUCAGACUGUUCACCAACACAAAUUUCACUUGGCUGAUCGGAGACAAAGUGGACACGACCGUCUCAGAAGACACCAGCUGUGCAUAUGACAGGAUCGUGGUUUAUGGGAAACCUUUCCUGAAGGCGAUCAGUCCGACUUCUGUGAAGGUCUACGACUUCGGAAAGGAGCUGAAACUCAAGAAGUCCAAGGUGAGUGAUCUGAGCGACCACUUCCCUGUGGAGGUGGAACUAAAGAGCUCCGCCCUAAUAAACAGCGCCGCCCUGCUCCUUCAGGCCACGCCCCUACUGAUCCUCCUCAGCGCCUCUGCCAUCGUCUACUUCUUCCUGUGAUCGUACAUUUUUCACGUUAUUCAGACUAACACUGCUUUUCUAACGGAUACAUAUAUUUAACUCACGUGACCAAAGUAAGUCUGAUGUCGGAAAAACCAGGAAAAAAAAGUUUUCAUCACAUCGAGGUUAAUGAUGUUUUUAGGAUGUUUGGAUUUAUAUUGCAAUCCCACUUUAUUUACCAGAUCGGUCCAGAUAUCAGAGCAUCAUCUCAUGGUCCCUGAGUUUAUUACCAUAUAAUGAACUCAGAGUAUAACAGGAACUGGUGUCGUACAACACAUCGUCUCCUUGUCACUUCAGUUUUCAUGUAUUUUUAACGAGUGAGUCAUUUUGGACAAACUUUUCUCACUCGACAUAAAGUUGGAGUAAAUUUGUAUUUUCCUUUAACUGAAAGACGGUUGAAUUAUUUUCACAAAACUGAGUCGAGCAGUAUUUUUGGUCUGGCUGCUGUGAGCUGUCACCACAGCACCACCUACUGGUGGAGGCUGUUCAUCAAAGUUUAACAGCGAACCGUCACCUACU